AUGUUCCAUGUUCGCCGCGCCGGAGCCAAGGGGCUCGGCGUCUUCGCAUCGCGACACAUCCCCCGCGGCACGCGCCUCCUCGCAGAGCCGCCCCUGCUGAGCAUCACAAGGGGCCAGCCCGACGUCCUCAGGGCGGCGUCUCUCCUCAGCAACGACAAUGUCGCCAGGCUGCUGCAGCUCUCGACCAACGACAGCCGCAGGGCACGGCAAGCGAGUCUCGCCCUGAGCCUGCUGCCGACUCUGAGCAACAUUCUCACACGCAAAAAGGCAUCCCUGGCCAGCAACCGCCGCGUCCUCAAUGUCUUCUACAACAACAACUUUGCAAUCGGCGACGAGGCCGGCACCCGUGCGCUGUUCCCGACAGUCGCGCGGCUCAACCACUCGUGCAUCCCCAGCGCCCAGGGUAACUUCAACGCCACCUGGGGGCACUUCACCAUCCAUUCCCUGAGGGACAUCCCCGCCGACGAGGAAAUCACAAUUUCGUAUCUGCACGACGAGAUGGCGCCCCGGGCGGCGCGGCAGGCCAGUCUGAAAGCCGGCUAUGGGUUCGAAUGCGGGUGUCCCAUCUGUGCCGCGAGUGAUGCUCGCACAGCAAGCGAUGCGCGGAGGGCGCAGCACCACAAGCUGCUCCGGGAAUACCACUCCCACGCUGCCAGGUCCUCGCAGCAGCAGCCUGGCAGCACAGAGCUGGCCUCGGCCCCGAGCACGCUGCUCGCCAUGGUGCGCCGACUGACCGAGGCGUACGAGGCCGAGGGCCUUGCUGGUCGCGAGACAGCAUCGCUGUACUCGCUUGCCGCACGGCAUGCGAUGGCCAUGGGCGACAAAGAGCUCGCGCAGAGAAUGGGGAAAAAGGCGUUGGAUCUGGAGCGAGAUGCUGUGGGCGAGGACAGCCCGUUCUUCCACACGGCGCGGGAAGCCUUGGAGCGCUUGGAUUUCGCGCCACCAGCCGUUGUGCCGGCCAAGGCGCGGGGGGAAGGGGAGGAGGACGAGGCUCUGUCAUAUGCACCUUGGACGUGA